AUGUCCACCCUUCACGAAAUCACUUCCGAAGCGGACUUUACGACGCAACUGUCUUCCCUCCCAUCCACAUCUCUAGCUGUCCUCUCAUUUCACACUCCCUGGGCUGCGCCAUGCACGCAAAUGCGCAACGUACUGUCCACCCUCGCCUCCACCUACCCCGCCACUACCCCUCCAUCCAUUCGCUUCUUGAGCAUCAACGCCGAAGACCUCCCCGACAUCUCAGAGCAAUACGACGUAUCCGCUGUGCCAUACCUAGUUCUGCUUCGAGACAACAAGAUCGUUGAGACUGUGUCCGGCUCCGAUCCAGUCAGGGUCCGGGAGGCGAUCGAGAACCAUGUGGGGCAAGACGGGCAGACAGAUCGACCUUCCAUUCCGCCACCUCUGGUCGCAGUACCGAGAGCGACAGCGGCGCAGGAUACAUCCGACGACGCUACUGCUUCAGACGCGCAGUUAGAGCCUCCCGUGCCCACGAAAGAAGAGCUCUUUGCGCGCCUUUCAGAGCUUGUAAAAGCCGCCCCGGUUAUGUUAUUCAUGAAAGGGACUCCCAGCGCCCCACAGUGUGGAUUCAGUAGGCAGAUUGUGAGCAUUCUGCGCGAGAACGGGGUGAAAUAUGGAUUCUUUAAUAUUCUGGCGGAUGAGGACGUUCGGCAGGGGUUGAAAGAGUUUGCGGACUGGCCGACUUUCCCGCAGCUCUGGGUCAAGGGGGAGCUGGUUGGCGGAUUGGACAUUGUGAAAGAAGAGAUCUCCGCGAACCCUGAUUUUUUCUGCGACUAUUCGGUCUCUAAACCUACAAGCGCGCCCUCAGCUUGA